UUCCAUUUCAUUCUUUAUCUUAUAUAUAUAUAGUAUUUAUAUAUAUAUAUAAUAUAGUAUAAUAUAUAUAUAUAUUUACUUUUGUUAAUAUAAUUUAAACUAGUACACCAACAUCUGUCAUGCAACCUACAGACGAAGACCAAGAGAUGACCCAAGAACAAGUUCCUCCUUAUGAACCCAAUGAAGUAUCAACCGAUCUUGAACAAGUUGAAGCUUCUAUGGACCAAAAAGUAUCAGUUGUAACUGACUUUGAAACCAUUGCCAAUAAAGUAUUAGCUCAAGUCGACGAAGAAGUCAUCGAAACCAAUUGUCAACAAUGGGAAAUUACAGAUUGGGCUGGUUUACCAGAACGCGUACAAGGUCCUAUUUUUACAGUGGGUGGUUAUCGUUGGAACGUACUACUAUUCCCCAGAGGCAACAACCAGCGAGAAGCUGUCUCAGUUUAUUUGGAAUUUUCGGACGCAAAAAGUGGAAAUCCUGAUAACUAUGCCUGUGCUCAAUUCGUUAUAUGUAUUUCCAAACCUUCAGAUCCAACAUUUUAUUCUGUACACAGUGCACAACAUCGAUUCCAUGCUGACGAAUCUGACUGGGGAUUUACAAAAUUUAUGGAAUUUAAACAAUUGGCAAAUUUCACCAACAACAGUUAUAUCGAAAACAAUGCUUUACGUAUCACUUCAAUUGUACGAGUAUUUAAGGAUCCCACCGGUGUAUUAUGGCACAACUUCCAAAAUUAUGAUUCCAAGAAAAUGACAGGCUAUGUAGGAUUGAAAAAUCAAGGCGCUACUUGCUAUAUGAACUCUUUAUUCCAAUCUUUGUAUUGUACGAAUUAUUUCCGGAAGGCUGUUUAUCAAAUUCCAACUGAAAACGAUGAACCUACAAAAAGUGUGGCCUUGGCAUUACAACGGGUAUUUUAUAACUUACAAUUCAAUAACUCAUCUGUGGGCACGACGGAACUGACUCGAUCUUUUGGAUGGGAUUCCUUGGAUGCCUUUAUGCAACAUGACGUACAAGAAUUCAAUCGUGUUUUGCAAGAUAAUUUGGAAGCCAAAAUGAAGAAUACUCCUGCUGACGGUGCGAUCAAGAAAUUGUUUCUUGGAAAAAUGAAAAGUUAUAUCAAAUGUAUCAAUGUGGAUUAUGAAUCUUCUCGAUCUGAAGAUUAUUAUGAUAUUCAAUUGAACGUGAAAGGAUGCAAGGAUCUCGAACAUUCUUUUAAAGAUUACAUUGCUGAAGAAACAUUGGAAGGGGACAACAAAUAUCACGCUGAAGGUUAUGGUCUACAAGACGCAAAGAAGGGUGUAAUCUUUGAAAGCUUUCCUCCUGUGUUACAUUUGCAACUAAAGCGUUUUGAAUAUGAUAUUAUGCGUGAUACCAUGGUUAAGAUCAAUGAUCGUCAUGAAUUCCCACUUUCAAUAGAUUUGGAACCUUACCUGGAUGAAUCAGCUGAUAAAUCUAUUUCUCAUGAAUAUGCUUUACACGGUGUCUUGGUUCAUAGUGGUGAUCUUAGUGGUGGUCACUACUUUGCUUUUGUUAAACCAACUGCUGAUGGCAAAUGGCUGAAAUUUGAUGAUGAUCGUGUGGUGCCUUCAACGAUCAAAGAAGUUCUGGAAGAAAACUAUGGUGGUGAAGCUGCUGGAGCUCUGAAUGUAAAGAACAACGGACGAACAUUCAAACGAUGGACAAAUGCUUACAUGUUGGUGUACAUUCGCAGAUCUAUGAUGAACGAAAUUUUGGCAUCGGUGACAGAAAAUGAUAUUCCUCAACAUUUAGCUCAACGUUUAGAAGAAGAACAAAAGGUUUUAGAACGCAGACGACGUGAAAAAGAACAACAACACUUAUUUAUGCCUGUGAUGAUUGUAUCGGACAAAUCUUUUGAAAAUAAUCAUGGACUCGAUUUUGUAAGCUUUGCUGAAGACAAGACUAUGGAUGAACGAUUCUGUCGCAGACUUCAUGUACGAAAAGAUCAAACAUAUGGUGAAUUCAAACAAGAUUUGGCUACUGAACUUGGAUUACCCAUAACACAUUUCCGUCCUUGGUUUUUGGUGAAUCGUCAGAAUCGAACCAUACGACCUGAUACUCCAAUCCCUGAUGAAGAAAUGAAUAGCACUCUAGAUGAUGUACGUCAAAGACACCUGGCAAAUCAAAUCAAUUUACGUCUGUAUAUUGAAACACCAACCAUUUUUGAUCCAUAUGGCCAACCCGCGUUCCCUCCUCUUCCUUCUAAGGUAGCAACCAAAAUUCUGGUAUUUAUCAAAUUAUUCGAUCCUUUCACUCAAGAUGUUUGUGGUAUUGGAAAAAUGUAUGUGACUAAGCUCGCAAAGGUGGCUUCUAUCAUUGAAAGUUUGAAUGAAAUGGCUGGAUUUGCUCCUGAUACUGAAUUAGUUCUCUAUGAAGAAAUCAAACCUGAAAUGAUUGAACUUAUGGAUACGGACAAGACAUUCUCACAAUCGGAAAUCCAAGAUGGUGAUAUUAUUUGUAUCCAAAAGGGUCUUAGUGAAGCUGAAAUCCACGAUUUACAAAGUCGCGAUCUCUGUGCAUCUGUUCCUGAUUAUAUGAAUUUCCUUUACCAUAAGAGGAUUGUACGAUUCUAUCCUGCUGAAAGUAACCCUGAUAUGGAAUUUGACCUGGUUUUACAGACAACAAUGACAUAUGAACAAGUGGUGGCCAAGGUGGCGGAAAAAUUAAACGCAGAUCCAGAUAAAAUCAUGCUUCAUCUUCCUGGUGGCAAAGAUGAUAGAAAAACAAGAAGGUAUCCCAAUGGCACUCUGGCUGAUAUUGAGAAAUCCAAUUACCAUAUGGAAUCCACUUUAUGCAAACUGACCUAUGAAGUACUAGACAUCAGUCUGACAGAACUAGAAAAUAAUCGAUUGAUCAAGAUUACAUGGUUCUCCCCAACACUCAGUGACGGUACAUAUGAAGAAUUCCUCCUACCCAAGCAAAGCCGAAUUAGUGAUAUAUUACAUCAACUGGAAGCACGCAAUGCUAAAUUCAAAUCGAAUCAAGGAACACGACAAGUACGAGUAUUUGAAGCAAUCAAUCAUCGAUUCCAUCGUGAAUUCGGUAUGACAGACCCGAUCUCCACCAUUUCUGAAACUGGUCAACUCUAUGCUGAAGAAAUUCCUGAUGAAGAAUUAUUAAAAGGUGAAGAAGAUGUUCUGACCACUGUAUAUCAUUAUCAACGUGAUAUCUCUCGUACACACUCGGUGCCCUUCAAGUUUUUGAUUAUCAAGGAUGAACCUUUGGAACAAACCAAGAAACGACUUCAACUUCGUACUGGUAUGAACGAUAAGGAUUGGAACAAAGUCAAGGUUUGCAUUGUAUCUACUUACUCUGCAACUCCAUUAGAAGAUGAUUCAUAUAAGUUAAGCGAACAUCAAUUUACGUUUGAAGAUGCUUUGGGUCUGGAUCAUGUGGAUAAGACUGGUCGGGCAAAUAGGAAUGGAACUGAACGUGGUUUGACUAUUAGGGGUUAGGAUAGAUCUUUAAAUGUAUAUUGUUUAGUUAUGUUUUUUUAUCUUUUUUAUAUUUUGAUCCUUUUUUUCUCUUUUUUUUUACUCUCAUGCAUUGUUACACUUUAUUCAAUAAUAAAUGACGAAAUUCAAAAAUAA